UUCCCUCUGUCACCGUCUCUCUCUGAAUCCAGCAGCAAAUUCAGCCUGAAGUUUCGAUCUUUGUUCCGCAAAUCAAUCUCACAGUGACUCCCAUUUCCCCCAUAUUUACAAUACUGCCAUUGCCCCCCUCCUCCAUUCUCUCUCACUAUUAGCUCCUUUGCUUCCGUCACCUGCACCGCCACAGAUCGAACCGGCCCAGAUGCUCUCUGCUCCUAGAUUCGGCCAAUUCCCGGUUCAUUCUCAACCGAAUCAGUUGACGCACUACAGUUAUAACUGUGAGUACAUUCUGUUUUGCUGAGUUGGAUUUGGUGAUUCUGUUGUGUAUGUCUGUAAAAAUCUGUUAUUGAUUUUGGGUUGUUGGAGAAGAAUGGGGGUUUUGUGAGUCGGUUUGUUAUAUAUUUGUAUAGAGAGUGUUUUGGGAGUUUUAUUUGUUGGGAGUGAAAUGAGGAGGCGGUCGCCGACGAAUUUCCCGUCGGAGCAAAUGGAGAAGGGGGCUGGGAAGAAUCAGAACACCAGGAUUUGUUUCCUGGCGUCAUUGUCGGUUUUCUUCUGGAUGCUUCUGUUGUAUUUUCAUUUCAUUGUGCUUGGUAGUAGUACUAGUACCGUGGAUCAAUCUGGGAAGCUAGAGGUUGGUCCUAUGUAUUCGGACUCGCAGCCGAUCCUAGUCACUCCUCAGAUGGAGAAACCAACCACUGAACCUGAACCUAAGCCGAAGAAGCCGAUUCCUGUGAUCAGUGAGCCUGUAGUGAAGAAUGUAGAGAAGAAAGAAGCUAAGCCGGCCGUUACUCGUAAAAUCGGUCCCCUUGUGGAGACUACUGAGAGUGGGGAGGGUGAGAAGUACCCGUUUACGAGGGCGCUGAGGACGGUGGAGAACAAGAGUGAUCCGUGUGGUGGGAGGUACAUUUAUGUUCAUGACCUGCCGCCGAGGUUCAAUGAGGAUAUGCUGAAAGAGUGUAGGAGUUUGAGCUUGUGGACUAAUAUGUGCAAGUUUACAACCAAUGCAGGGCUUGGUCCUCCGCUUGAGAAUGUGGAGGGGGUGUUUGAGAAUACGAGCUGGUAUGCCACCAACCAGUUUGCUGUGGAUGUUAUAUUUACGAAUCGGAUGAAGCAGUAUGAGUGCUUGACGAAUGACUCGUCCCUUGCGGCAGCUGUGUUUGUUCCUUUUUAUGCUGGUUUUGAUAUUGCACGGUACCUUUGGGGGUUCAAUAUAUCAAGGAGGGAUGCGGCAUCGUUGGAUCUGGUUGAUUGGCUGAUGAAGAGGCCGGAGUGGAGGGUUAUGGGUGGCAAAGAUCAUUUUCUCGUUGCAGGCAGGAUUACAUGGGAUUUCCGGAGACUUACGGAGAAUGAAGGGGAUUGGGGUAAUAAGCUUCUCUUUUUGCCGGCUGCUAGAAAUAUGUCAAUGCUUGUGGUGGAGUCAAGCCCCUGGAAUGCCAAUGAUUUUGGUAUUCCAUAUCCUACAUACUUUCAUCCAGCAAAAGAUGCUGAUGUAUUGAUCUGGCAGGAUCGUAUGAGAAAUUUAGAGCGUAAAUGGCUCUUCUCAUUUGCUGGUGCUCCACGGCCUGGCAAUGUCAAGUCGAUUAGAGGGCAGAUUAUUGAUCAAUGCAAGAGCUCAAAGGUUGGCAAGCUGUUGGAGUGCGAUUUCGGUGAAAGCAAGUGUCAUUCCCCAAGCAGUAUCAUGCAGAUGUUUCAGAGCUCCCUUUUCUGCCUGCAACCUCAGGGUGAUUCAUACACACGAAGAUCUGCGUUUGAUUCAAUGUUGGCUGGUUGCAUACCUGUCUUCUUCCAUCCGGGGUCAGCAUAUGCACAAUAUACCUGGCAUCUUCCAAGAGAUUAUACAACAUAUUCAGUGUUCAUCCCAGAGGAUGAUAUUCGUAAGAAGAAUAUCACCAUAGAGGAAAGGCUCAGUCAAAUUCCCCCGGAGAAGGUGAAAGCCAUGAGGGAAGAAGUUAUAAACCUUAUUCCAAGGGUAGUGUAUGCUGACCCUCGCUCAAAGCUGGAGACUUUCAAAGAUGCAUUUGAUGUUUCUGUACAAGCAAUCAUCGACAAGGUUACUAAGGCAAGGAAGGACAUUGUUGAAGGCCGUACGGAUGAUAACUUUAUUGAGGAGAUUAGUUGGAAGUAUGCUUUGUUGGAGGAGGGACAGCGUGAGGUCGGACCUCAUGAAUGGGAUCCUUUCUUUGCAAAGCAGAAGGAUGGCAAUGCCGAUUCAGGUGAAGCUGCAAAAAAUUCCUGGGAGAAUGAACAGCGUCAACACUCAUGAGUGGAAGACAGGAGCAGAGCAAUUGGAAUUCCAAUGUCUAAUACAUCCUGCACUGAGUUCGAGCAGGUAUGAGUUCUAGCUGGUCCCUUGUGAUGAAUACUCAACACAGAACUCAUCUUCAAGAUCUCCACUCCUACAAUCUUGUUUAAAUCCCAAACAGACACAUAUUCACUGUUUCUAGUGCAAAUUUUCCUAUAGGAUAUAUCUCUUAUGUAUUUUGCAGUAUUCUUUCUGAUGUAUUUAGCUAGAGUAUUUCAUCUUAUCAAUCUACAGGAAAUAAUAAUAGAGUGAUUAUCAAG